GCGGUGCGACUGCUGCCUUUGCAGUGCGAGAGGUUGCCAUCAAAGGUGCUGAUCAUAAAUUGAUGAGGUUGUGAAACUGUCGCUCGAGAGUGGACUACACGGUGGUCCUCUUGCCCGUCAUGACGGUGUCUAACGUCGACGACCACAGAGAAAUGACGGCGGGCCCCGAGAAUGGAGAGGGUCUAGAGUACCAAAAGGAUUUCAUCGGCAAAAUGAUCAAGAAACCUCUUGCCAAAGGAGAUCACUGGUACCUCUUGGAUCACAAGUGGUUCAAGCAAUGGAAGAAAUAUGUAGGAUUCAAUCAGUGGGAGACAGGGAGCGUUGGCGAACCCUCUGCCAACCCUGGUCCAAUAAAUAACUCCGGUUUGCUUAUUGAACACGACAAUCCCGAAGACCUCCGAGAACAUCUAAUAGACGAGCUGGACUACGUGCUGAUGCCAGAAGAGGCUUGGACAAAGCUCGUGGAAUGGUACGGCCUCGCAGCGGGCCAGAAGCCGAUAGCUCGCACGGUGGUCGACUUCGGAAUGUUCCUGAAGAACCUCAAAGUGGAAAUCUAUCGGAUGGAACUCAAGCUGUGUCUGAACCCGAACUUGAAAGAUGCGAAAACCUAUCGCUUCUCCAAGGUUGCAACCGUCGAAGAAGUAGAGAAGGUAUGCCGGAAGUUAUUCAACGUUCCGGAAUCGGCUAAAACUCGGCUAUGGAAUCGGUUCAGCACAAACACCCUAGAAAUUAUGACGGAGAAAAACCGAACCAUCCAAGACGAGUCGCUCUACUCGGCGCAAAUUUUAGUACUUGAGGUCCAGAAUCCCGAUGGAACGUGGCCGCGCAAUUCCAGCAACCCUCCCGACACGAGGAAAGCUGUCGAACAGAAUUACAUGGUGUCCAGCGCUGCAGGGUCUAAAAUCCCUUCUUACAGUUCCACUGGUGCCGGUCUGUGCGGUCUCACAAAUUUAGGAAAUACGUGUUUCAUGAAUUCGGCGCUCCAGUGCAUGUCAAACACGCCGGUUUUGACCGAGUAUUUCCUCUCGGAUAUGCACGUCAACGAAAUCAACAGAGACAAUCCGCUCGGAAUGCACGGAGAAAUUGCUGAGUCGUACGCGAAUUUAAUCAAGGCCAUGUGGUCGGGGAACCACACCUCCUUCGCUCUCAAAGUUUUCAAACAGAAGGUCGGGAGGUUUGCGCCUCAAUUCAACGGUUACAUGCAGCAAGACUGUCAGGAACUGAUGUCUUUCCUACUGGACGGCCUCCACGAAGACCUCAACCGAGUGAAGAAGAAACCCUAUAUCGAAGCAAAGAACUCAGAGGGCAGACCAGACCACGUCCUGGCAAAAGAAGCAUGGAGCAAUUAUCUUAAACGAAACGAUUCAAUCGUCGUCGAUACUUUCCAUGGGCUUCUGAAAUCCACGCUGGUGUGCCCUGAGUGCGACCACGUCUCGGUGACGUUCGACCCCUUCUGCUAUCUCUCGCUGCCGUUGCCCAACCGCAAGGAACGAGUCGUUAAUGUUAUUGCGUUCAUGCUGACGAAUCCACGGCCGAUAAAGCUCCGGAUCAAUGUGCCUCCGGACAGGUGUACUUGGAAUGAUUUCUAUUCGAUGAUCGUGAGGACUUUGAUGACCAAACACAGAAACCUGGUGAUCGCGCAAGUUUGCGCCGAUAAGACGGUAGAACGAGUCAUUGAGCCCAGCGAUGACAAGUUCGAAGAGACGACGGAUAGCCUCCACGUUUACGAAACACCUUGUUGGCCAUGGAAGGGAGCGGGAUCACUAGUGAGAGUUUACACUAGGGUGAUUUCAAACAAUCAGGACAGCGAUAAUGCUUUCACGUAUGCCAAAAUCUUCGGUGUUCCUUUCUACGUCUACUUCCAAAAUAGGAUGACGACGGUCGAUGCUAUUUAUAACACCUGUCUAUCAUGGCUCAAGGGUCGGUUCGUCAGUCCCAAGGAAGUUCAGGCCGAAAGCGAUGAGGAGACACAGAUGGAAGUGGAUACCGAAGACGGAAAAGAGGAACGGCCGGAGAAAUUCAAGCAAUCGUUAUUCGAAGUCAACAUUGUUAACGAAAUGGCGAACACUCGCAUGCCCACCGCAAGAAACCAUGUCCGUCUCGAAAAGCGGGCAUUCGUCACCUUAGAUUGCCUGCCCGAAGUGAAGGAAGCGAUCUUCGAGGAAUCGAAGUGUACCAGUUACAUGUCCCGAGACCAUCCUAGAACGAAUCGAAGCUAUACCAAACAGCCCAUUGAGCUUUCCGAAUGUCUCGAUCUCUUCACGACCAUGGAACAGCUCGGCACCGAUGAUCUAUGGUUUUGUCCGGUGUGCAAGAAGCAGCAGCAGGCGACCAAAAGAUUCAACUUGUGGUCUCUGCCACCGAUACUGAUAAUCCAUCUGAAGCGCUUCUCGUUCAAUCGUUACUUCCGUGAGAAGCUUGACGUGGUGGUGAACUUCCCGGUCAAAGAUCUAUCCAUGGGCAAGUGGGUUUUAGACCCCAAACACAAAUCGGUGCCGUACGAUUUGAUAGGUGUCGCUAACCACACGGGAAACCUAGGAGCUGGCCACUACACGGCGUAUGCCAAGAACAAAAUUACGAAGAAGUGGAAUCAUUUCGACGAUCUGAACGUGAGCAGCAUCUCGGAGAACGAUAUUGUGAGUAAGCAGGCGUACGUUCUGUUUUAUCAACGGAGAGAAGACCCAACGUCGCAGAAUGGCUCAGAUGCCGAGAAAGGAGCCUCCUCCACGCCGGCGGAAGUCAACCAAGCCGGCAUGGAUGCCGAAGCACCUCAUAGUUCACAGGCCAAUAACAGCUCUUCUAGCUUUGAGGCGAUGGACGAUUCAGGUAUUGAUUAUGAGAUCUGAUUGUCCAACCCGGAGCCAUCGGAUUGCCUGAUCGUUCGGCCGACGGUCUCUCAAUCAUUCAAUCAACCAACUUAUCAACAAGCCCGGUAAACUAUGUAUCACUAGUACGCGACCCGCGCGUCAUCGACGGCUCAGGACAGGCUCUGCGCCAAAUUUUUUCGGUCCGUCCACAGAUUGAACGAAUCAAAUAGGUCUUCCUCAUUAAUUAUACCGCAAGGAAUCCAAUAUUCCUGUCGCGGACUGCCCCUCCAUCCAUGGGGUGCGUUGUGUACUGAUCCUUCGAUACAUCAAUUCCUCCAGGAUCAUCCACCGCAUCGGAACUUGAGCCAAUCGAUCACGGUGUAAGUAGAUCGAUCAGUGAUAGAGAUCGCUUGUCUGACGGCGGGUGCGCAGAGAUGCUCGAAUUUUGUGACCGGGUCGGAAUUCAUCUGAACCGGUCUUGAUGUCGAUCGAGGUCAUACGUGAACAGCUCCAGAUCCUUUCCUCGUAAUCGAAUCCUUCUGUACCGUGAUUAGUUCUGUCGGAGCUUUUGUACCCUGAUGAUGAUGAUGAUUAUUAGGUAAACCCCUCAAUCGAUGUAAGCGAGCCUUUCGGAGAGAACAAUUCGAUGUCGAACCGGAGAAAAAACGCUCGAGCGGCGAAACAAUCCGUCGGCAUUCGCCACGACCUUCGAAGAGCGUAGGGAAUUCCUCCGUCGAAUCAUGGGAAUUUCCCGAGCUCGAGCAUAGGAUCAUAAAAUACUUACGACGAUUGGUAGAUAUCGGAAUGCCGACUCUAUGAAUAGAUUAGGGAAGGCAAAUGAGGAACGAGACGAGGAUACAGGAGGGUUACGAUUCGAAGCCGUUAGAACGUGAGAUCAACUGAGAACUGUAUGGGGGAUGAAUGCUUAAUCUAUGAUCUGCCUGUGAUGAAGAAGUCGCUCUGUGGUCAAGCUAGACAAUAAAGAGCAAUUUA